CAUCUGUUCUUGGGUUCUGGAGAUUAUUUCUGUUACUCUGCAGCUACAUAUUAUUCUCAAUCUCCCAGUACCACAUUUGUGCUAAGUUGCUCUGACUACAUUUCUCUGUCUACCCCUGCAAGAAGCUUCUUUGUAGCACUGGAAGUGCACAAGGCCAUAUGAUUUUUGCCAAUUUUGGACUUUGAGAAAGCAACAAAAAUGUCAGCAAGAAUGCUAUCUUCUAUAACAGAGGACAACAACAAGAAAACUGGAUGCAUGAAUGGGUUAUUCCAAUUGUUUGAUAGACACCACUUCCUCAUUGGCAAACAUCUACAUGGUCAAAAUCACAAAAGGCUGCUCACAGGUGCCACGGACAGGAUGGAGACCAAAUGUACAAUGCAAUCGGCUACGGAAAAGACUCCAAGGGAGGUAGCCAGGAACAAAGUGACACACUCAAGUGAGUCAUCAUCCAAGGCUAACUCAAAACUUGAACAAAGUAAAACACCACAACAAGAACAACCUUUUUGCAGUCAAAGAAACUUACCCGAAUCUCCCUCGAAAAUUCUGCCAUACAAGCAACCAAGUUCCCCAUCUCAUUCUGGCCGGCAAUCACCUGAUUUUCGGGAUGUGGUCAAGGACUCGAUGCACAGGGAAGCCCGUAGUUUGUCUGUAAAAACUGUCACCAAAGUAGAAGGUAAAGUCCACGUGAUGAAGCACAUAGAUUCUCCAAGGCCAAUUCAGCAGUCAAACUGUGGGAAGCCAUCUGAUGGAACAAGGCCAGUAACUGCAAAGUUUCGUGAAGCACCUCGCAAUUCAAAAGAUGAUCUAAAGCAUGCACCAAGAGAUCAUCCACGUUUCUCUUACGAUGAAAGAGACUCAAGAGAAGCGAUGCGUUCAUCAAUGAGGAUAAAAGACCUUCCUAGACUGUCACUGGACAGUAGAGAACAGUCCUUCAGGAGCUCUGCAUCUGAAUCCAGAUCAAAUUUUCUUUUAGGGGAUCAUAAAAGAUCUUCCAGCGUUGUAGCAAAGCUGAUGGGAUUGGAAGCUUUACCAAAUUCCAUUCCCUCAAAUGAAGUCGAGAAAGUGAUACCUAAGUCUUUCUCUGCCAAAGAUUCUGUUACGGUAUCAACAAAAACAGCUGAAAAGAGCAAGAAUAAUCAAGUCACACGGUUCCCACAGAGUAAUGAAAAGGAUUUUGGCUCCCCAAGAAUGAAAUCUACCAAUUCAAUCAUGAGAGCAUCGUCAACUUCAAGGCUUCCACUAGAACCUGCUCCCUGGAGGCAACCGGAGGCCAGCAGAACCUCCCACAAGUCGUCGGCAAGAAAUAUAGAUGUGGAACUGUCAAUUAAGAGUCCCAAUAUAUCUUCCUCUGUCUAUGGUGAAAUGGAGAAAAGGAUAACUGAACUUGAGUUCAGAAAGUCUGGAAAGGAUCUCAGAGCUCUGAAGCAGAUUCUUGAAGCAAUGCAGAAGACAAGAGCAAGGUUAGAGGUCCAAACACAAGAGCAGGCAGACUCUGAUGCGAACUUGGAAAUAGUGCAGAAAAGGCAGCAAUGCAACCUGCUAUCACCAACUAUUAAGGGAACUCGCCCACCAAAAAGAGAGGAUACAGCUGACAAGAAAGCUUGGAAAGACGUGACACCUAGAGCGAAAAAUGUCAGAGAUUCUGGUUGGCAUCUUCAUUCACCAGACAGGAAGACCAAAGAAGGAACAUCAAGGGCAGUGCAAAAUUCAGCAUUACGUCAACAAAAGGAAGGAAGUUAUCCUGCAUUAGGAAGGAAUUCUGGAACUGUAAGUCCAAGAUCGCCUCAUAAGAAGAAGCAGUCUUUUCCGACCACAACAUCACCAGAAUUCAGCAAGGUUAGACGGCAAUCAAUUAAGCAAUCUAAAGAAUCAGGCUCUUCAAAAAGAAGACUGCAAGCAAAAGCCAACCAUCUGCUCCGAGUUGAUGAGGAAUUGAGUGAGAUCAGCAGUGGCACAAGAAAUUUCAGUGAGCAAAGUGAUGCAGCUUCUUUGCAAUCAGAAAGCAACAACAGUUUAAGCUCACAUACAGAGGGAGAAGUCACAAGCAGAAAUCUUUCCUUUAGUGUUAAUGCUAAAAGACUAGAGGACUCCAAAGACAAAAGUGACAUGAUGAGACUCAAUGAAUACAGACCAAUGGCUGAGCAUGCAAUUGCUACAAUUGAACAACCUAGUCCUGUGUCAGUGCUUGAUGCCGCAUUCUAUGAAGAGGAUUCACCAUCUCCCGUGAAGAAGAAAGCGACUGCCUUUACAGUUGAGGAUGCUGCAGAUAAGUUAUGGUACCUAGAUUACCAGGAUCAUUCACCUUACAGCACGAGGGUAGAUCUUGGCGUUGAGACCACCAAACAGAAGAAACUAGAGCGCAUUAAGGACCUCGUUCACCAGCUCAGACUACUGAACUCCAACCACGAAGCAAAUACAGACCAGCUUGGAUCCUUGAGCCAGAAUCAUAAUCCUGACCACAGAUACAUCACUAAAAUACUACUGGCAUCUGGCCUUCUCAAGGACGUGGACUCCAUCACCUCGUCCAUUCAGCUUCAGUCAUCUGGCCAUAUGAUCGAUCCGAAGUUGUUUCAUAUCUUGGAACAGACUGAGGAUCGCGUUAUGCCAGAAAAUGGACACAGUAAAAAAGGUGCUUGGAUGGAGUUUAAUCAGAAAAUGCACAGAAAGAACUUCUUUGACACAGUCGAUGAGAUACUUUCCCGUAAACUAGCUUCAGGAAGCUGCUUAUUACAGGGACGAGAUCGUUUAACUGCACAGAAGCUCCAGAAGGAAUUACAGUCAGACAUAGACCAACUCAAUGCUAAAAAGGUUAGCAUGGAGUCUGAAGAAGAUGAAUUGAUAAGUAUCCUAAAUGCUGAUUUGAGGCAGCAGUCAGACGAUUGGACAAAUGGUGAAAGUGAGAUUCCAUCGUUGAUUUUGGAUGUGGAACGAUUAAUAUAUAAAGACCUUAUUACAGAAAUAAUUAGUGAUGAGGCCAGAGAGCAGCAGAUAAGAAAAAGAAGGCAUUGCAGGCAACUGUUUACUAAUUAAAAGUUCGAGCUUAUGUGCUCCAUAUCUUUAUAAUAGAGUGCAGUCCUCUUCAUGUACAAAUUCAGUAUUAUAUGCUUGCAAAAGUGAGACAUAUAAGUAUCUCAAGUCAAAAUUCAAUCAGGCAAAUGGAAAGCAGAAAAAUAUGCUGUUUUAUUUGCAUAAAUAGACAUGGUUCUCUUUUUGCUUAUGUUC